CCAGCAGUAGUUGCAACAACAGCAACGACAACAACAGUUGUUGAUGCCGGCAACAACAGUUCAUCAUUUGCCUCGUCAUGCUCAUCAUCGUCCUCAUCAUCAUCAUCAUCCGCCUGGUCCAACAUCGAGGAUGCCAGCAGCAACGGCGGCGCCUCCGCCGAUGAGGAGCCAACAACCGAUGCUGUCGAGACGCCAACAACAACAACAGCAACAACGUUGUCAAUGAUGAUGACAACGCCACGCCCCGUUCUUCUAACUGCCGUCAAUCCGCACAUAAUCUGCCACUUGUGCCAGGGCUAUCUGAUCAACGCGACGACCAUCGUGGAGUGUUUGCACUCGUUCUGCCACAAUUGCCUCAUCAAUCACCUGCGCAAGGAGCGCUAUUGUCCACGCUGUGAGAUGGUCAUCAACAAUGCCAAGCCCAACAUCAAAUCUGAUACCACAUUGCAGGCAAUUGUCUACAAGCUCGUGCCCGGUCUCUAUGAACGGGAGCUGAUGCGUAAGCGCGGCUUCUACAAGGAUCGGCCACAGGAGGCGGCACUGGCAACGCCCGAACAGCGAGGCGAUGACACUGAACAUCUGAUUUUCAGUCCCUCCGAUGAUAUGUCUCUGUCGCUAGAGUAUGCCGAACUUGGCGAGUUGAAUGCGGAAUCAGAGAUGGAAUUUGGUGAUACACUGCGUCCCCGGUAUCUGCAGUGCCCGGCAAUGUGCCGGGUGAGUCACUUGAAGAAGUUCGUCUACGACAAGUUCGAGAUCGAUGCGAAUCGCUUCAGCAUCGACAUCAUGUACAAGGUGAAGACGAUUGUGCUGCUGGACUACUACACGCUGAUGGACAUUGCCUACAUCUAUACGUGGAAACGGGAUGCGCCGAUGCGUUUCUAUUUCCGUGUCUACGAAUCGCCACAGCCACUGAUCAAACCUGCUCCGCCCGCCAUCAAGGCACAAGUGUUGGCGCCACUGAAACUGGAACCGCUUACAGUCCAGCCAGCCUCCACUCCAUCUCCUUCUCCUCCUGCUCCGGCUACGGCUCAUCCGCCCACGACCACGCCAUCACUGGUGGUUGUCAAGAGAGCCACGCCCUCACCCCCAACCCCAGCAAGCGCUGUGCAGCCGGCUCGCAUUAAAGUGGAGCAGACCCAGGAUGAGUUUCGCAUUGUGCCCAAGCUGAACUCGCCCAUGGAGCAGCCGCUGAAGCUGGUCAUCAAUCGGCAGGUGGUGGAGAAGCGCGAGAAGACGCCACAAGAGAAGUAUCAUCAUUCGCCCAAGUCCAGCACCAACAAGAAUCUGCCCUCGCCCACCACGCCCACCUACAACAAGGAGGAGCCGAACAUUAAGCUGAAGAUCGAUCUGUCCAAGCAGAACAGCGUCACAAUCAUCAACAUGUCCGAUCCGGAUCGCAAGGAGAUUGUCAAGCCACUCAAACCGGAGAAGGAGUCACGCUCCAAGAGCAAAAAGGACAAGGAUGGUAGUCCAAAAUCCUCCUCCAGCAGCAGCAGUAGCGAGCGGAAGCGCAAGAGUCCAUCGCCGUUGACGGUGCCACCGUUGACGAUACGCACGGAGCGCAUCCUUAGUCCCAACGGUGUGAGCACUGUGCUCAGUCCACGCAUCACAAGCGGCGCCUGCCACGAGGAUCCCAAGUCGGAGUUCCUCAAAUCCUUUGCACUGACGCCCAUCAAAGUCAAGGUGGAGUCGCCCGAGCGGAUCAAUGGUCAGACCAAUCAGUGUUUUAACAUGUCCACGCUUAAGUGCAAGGCACAUCUGGAUGACAGUCUGCUGAUGAAGCCGCCCAGCGCCAUGGCGCCCAAAUCGAUUGCCUCGUCGAAGCGCAAGAGCAAGGAGCCCAUCAAGGCCAUCUCCAAGAAGCCCAAGCUGUCGCCACCACUGCCACGCGAGGACUUCAAGAUUCGGUUGCCCGCUGCCAACACGACGCUCAACACUCUGCCCCCGCCGCCCGCUGCUGCAAACGCUGAUAAACCGCUGAUGCCACCGCCAACCGCCAAGGCACCAAUUGCAGUGGCACGCCACAAAUCAACCCCAGCCAGCAGCAACAGCAACAGCAGCAUUGCCAGUGGAGCAACACAAUUGGCAGCAGCAACGCUACCCUUCCACGCACCGCCACACCACCAGGGCAUGCAGAUGGCUGCGCCCGGCAAUCGUACGCCGAUUGCCAAGCGAUACCAGCCCAUAUUGCCGAAGGCGUCGCGUCCCAAUCCCUUUGCCAACAUACCCAGCGAUGUCAAUCGUCUGCUGAAGGAUGCCGGCACCGAAAUCAAGUCCAUUGCCAGCCAGGCCAAGCCACAUGUGUAUGGGCCCAAGAGCCAGGAGCUCAAAAUGGGACCACCACCAGUGCCAGUCAACAAAUCCAACAGCAACCACAACAGCAACAGCUCAAACUCCAGCAACAACAACGGCAGCAGCAGCAAGUCAAACAACUAUUUAAAUUUGGCCUUGUUCAAUGCGAGCAAAUCGAAGGGGAAGGAGGCGCCACCGGGCUGCCGCACGCCCAUGUACACGCCCAAUUCGCCCAUCUAUUCGCCCAGCUCGCCACAAUAUGUGCCCAACUAUAAUAUACCCACCAUGCCCACCUACAAAUACACGCCCAAGCCCACAACGACAACAACAGCAGCAACAACAACAACCACAGCAGCAACAACAGGCCCAAAUAACAGCAGCAGCAGCAGCAGCAGCAACUACUUGCAAAAUAUGCUAAAUGGCAGCAACUCUGGCCUCGCCUCCGGUUUGGGCAGCCUUUUUCCCACACCGCCCACCAAAGCGGAUCAGAAUACGAAUCCAGCUGUUGUGGCUGCUGCCGCUGCUGUGUCGUCUGCCGGCGAGGAUGCGCCCGAGAAGCAACAGGUGAAGGUCAAAUCGCUGCUCAACUCGUGCAACAUCAACAUACCCUCGUCGCUGUCGAUAACCAUAUCGCGUGACAAUGGCGACGCCUCCUCGCCGAGCAAUGCCGCGCACGCCAAGCACAAGAGUCCCGUCAACAACUACAUCGAAAUUGUCAAGUUGCCCGACCAGCCAGCAGCAGCAGCAGCAGCCACAGCUGCUGCUGCAACGCCAGCCAGCGUUGCGCCGCCAGAGAAGGAGCCGGUCAAAGCACAGCCAGUUAAGUUGCCGGCGCCGCCGAGCAAAACAAUACCAUCGCCACAGCAUCUGUUGGCGCGGAUGACGCCGCCCGCACAGCAGCUGCCCAACUCGAGCAAUCCGCCCACGGCAGUGGUGCCGCCGAAGAGUUCACCCAAAAUGGGUGCAGGUAAAGCAGUGCUGACACCGCAGCAGUCGGACAAGAAGACGCCCAGUCCCGAGAAGCGUAGCGCCCAUUCGCCCAAUUCCGGUGAGAAUAAAUCACCGAAAGCAACGCAGUCAGGCGGAGCAACUGGCUCUGGCUCCGGCUCCAACCAAACGCUCAAUGGCGACUCGGCUGCCAAAAAGUUUCGUCCGAUUUUGCCACGACAGAAUGCAGUCGGUGGUGCUGAGCUGGCGCCCAAGUUGCCCAACGUUUUGCCCCUGCCACCUGGCUACAAUUUUGCCAACAGUUUGCCAGCCAACAGCAACAGCAACAACAACAGCAGCAACAACAACAACAGUAGUAACAAAAAGGUGCCCGCCAGCAAAAAGUCACCGAAUCCGGCUAAUCCGAAACUGUCGCUUUGCAAUGGCAGCAACGCGGCCACGCCCACGCUGGCCAAGGGGGGCGCUGCAAAGAAGAAGCAACCGACGCCGCCGCCAGCAACAAGUAGCUGUUUGAAGAUGCCACCACCAGCAACACAUCCGCAUCCACAUUUGCCCAACAUGAAUGCCCCGCUGGGCAUUGCCUCGGCAACGAAUCAACUGGAUUUGAGCAACUUUCUCAAGGAGAAUCUGAUACGUGCCCAGGCCGCCCAAGCGGCCCAGGCUGCACAGGUUGCCGCCCAGGCGGCGAAUCAAUCGAAUCUGUUGUACAACUUUGGACCCGCCAUGUACAACUAUCAGCAGGCGUAUCUCAUGGAGCAGCUGUCGCGGAUGCAGCGCGCCGGCAACGAGGUGUUCAACGAUUAUCUGCAGAAGCUGAAGAGUGUCGCCAGCUCCAGUGAUGAGCACAACAAUAAGUCGGUCAUGCCCAUGCUGCCCACCGUCACCCUGCCAACGGCCGCCAGUCAGGCAAUUGCUGGCGUGGCGGCGGCGAGUCCAAAGACCUCGCCACAUGCCGCCGCAGCUAAGCUGACGCCAGCGGCGACGCCGGCCUUGGCCAAAAGACAGCCAAGUCCCCGGCCACAGGCGGCAGCCACCAGCAACGUCAUGUCCCUGGCCAAGAGCAAGUGAAGUGAAUUGCCUCGAGCACCCACCACCACCCAACACCACCCACCAAAAAGAAGAGCAACCAACCACCAC